AUGAACAACCCUAACAACAUAUAUAUAUCAUCAACAUCAUCAAUAUUAACAAACAAUAAUAAUAAUAAUAACUAUACUCACAAAAGAUUAUAUCAUUCAAACAAUACAUUGUACAGCGAUCAACAUACACCAAAGAAAGGAAGUUUUAGAAUCACGGUAGAAUCAAAAGAUGAGGCUCGAUCUUUAUACCUCAGUUAUGUUGCAAUGACUGGUAUUACAAUUGCCGUUGCGAUGCUUGCCUAUAAAACGUAUCAAGAUAAACAGAGUUCCGAUGCACUGGUCGAUUAUAUGGAAAAUUUGGAUCAAGAAGAAUACGAAAGACUCGUCAAGUUCUUUGGUGAACAUAUCAAGGGUGACAGGGAAAAGUUACCAUUAUUAAAAGAAGGUUUGUGUUGCGAGAGGGAGUAA